UAACUUCAGUGUAGUCCCAGACUGCCAGACUGAGCCAGUUGCAUUGCUUCCCUCUGGCUUUUGCCACUGAAUGGCCAGACUUAGCACAUGUGCUGAACUGCGCCUUGCGGACGUGCAGUCAUCUCCCCCUAACUGACCCACUCACUCGUCUCAAGCCAAGGUACACACGCACAGGAACACAGGGACGCACAGUCUUUUCUCUGCACUGGACUGCAGACUUCACUCUGACCGAGUCAGCAUGUCUGAGGAGUCCGCAUUUAGACCUAACUGAGUAGACCUGCCUACAACUGAUGUUUUUUUGUAGACUAGUGCUCAGUGCGGCGCUGUGACGUCUUGUCAGCCUCCUCACAAACCACCGGUCUUUGAGGGUUCCGCACCUGCCAUCACUAAUCUCCCUGUGCUCUCCAGUUCUCUCCCCCUGGCUACAAGCUCUACGCUGUUCUUGCUCUCUGUGCCCCGCACGUGCGUUGGCAGUACGGACCUGUAUGGCAACGGUGCACUCACGUGAUGAUGUAGGCGAGACGUCAGACGAUCAUACAGUUGCUAAGUGCUAUGUACGCUGAGCAUGACUCCUGUCGCGCGCUGCAGCUGCGGCUGUCCACUGCACUCUCUCCGGCGCUGCUGCUUGAAACAGUUCGGAGUCGUUCAUUCUGAAACGGGACGAAUCUAUCAGCGUGCAAUUACUAUUUCUGUGGCGAAUUCUCCGCUGCAAUGGACGCCUGAGGAAGAUUUUGUCAGAAAUUAUUUUCCUUCGCGCAGCACCAAAGUGCAGACACUGUAGAAGAUAUCACGGCAUGGCGGUCCAUGCAACGAGAAGAAGACACAGUUUCGUGACAAGUAAUUGGCUACAAAUGUUGCCACUAGUUCUUGCAGGAGUAUUGUGGUCAGUCCUGUCCACUGGCAGAUUCACACUCCUCGCUUCUGCCGAAAGCAAUGUAAUAUUGCCGUCACAUACCUAUGGCGAAGCUGCAGCUACAAUCACACCACCACAACCGCAGCCGUCCGCACACCUCCAGGAAAUUGUUAUGAGCGGCUCCGGCGAGCCUGAUCCGGACACAGGUGUUUGGGAGAAUAGCACUAACUCCUGGCGUUCGCUCGGGCAGCUGCAGUCAUUGGCAGCCCAGCAAGUAGACGACCACUGGCCAAAUCUUCCUAGUCUUUCUGACACGGCGUCUCAACAAGUUGUGUCUCGACUGGUAAAUAUGACGCUAAGCAAUGUGUUCUCUCAACCCCCCGCAACACAACCCAUAAUGACAUACACGGAUAUAACAAACAAUGGUAUCCUCGACAGCUCUCUGAUCCAAGUCCGCAGCGUCCUGCCGUUGCCGUUUCUCCACUACUAUCCCGGCGAUCUCCUGGAGAGCAACUUCUCUGUACUCGCCCGAGUGAAUUACUCCACGCUGGCCAAUCCAUUCAAUACGUAUUUAUUUGCUAUAGCUGACAACUCGGGUUAUAUACGUGUGACUGCGGUAGUCAGCGACCAUUCGCUCUACAUCACCUGGAGGAGGGAUCCGCUGGACGCAACACAGGACAUCACGCUGCAGUUCCAGGUGGACAUGGACGUUCUGCUUGAGGACGAGCUUGUGGUGCUCUCCGCCGGUAUCAACAACAACAUCGGUGUGUUGAUCUAUCACGGUAACGAAUGCCGGCCGGACCCGUUCUUUGCUGUCGGCACCGUUAACAACUCCGCCGACUUUCGCCUAGCCACGGAAAACUGGACUCACCCCGAGAACGCCCUAUGCACUAUCGUGGUGGGGGAUGAAAGUGAUCUUGCCAGCACCACGUGCAACAUACAAUGGUCGUCGCUCACCUGCCACUCAGCGUACAACUUGUCCAUAGCCCCGCCUGAACUGAAUGGCAUGAAAGGUGCCAUGGGUGCGAUGGGACGCAAUGGUUCAGCCGGGCUUCCGGGUGCACCAGGAAUACGAGGCAGGAAUGGAGAGAGAGGUUUUCCGGGUGAGCGUGGAUAUCUCGGUGAACACGGAAUACGCUUACAGGGACAUCCAGGACCGCCGGGUCCCAAGGGUGCUAAAGGUGACCCGGGUCCGAACGGUGCCAGAGGUGACAAGGGAGACAAAGGAUUACACGGCAAGAGGGGAUUCCGUGGCCUAUUUGGUCCUGUGGGAGAUCCAGGACUACCAGGGACACCUGGCAAGAAGGGUGGUCCAGGGCCAGCCGGUGAUUUUGGCGAGACAGGCGGUCUGGGACUGGAUGGCGUAAAGGGUCUGAAAGGCUCACAGGGUCCCGAAGGUGUUCAGGGACGUGCUGGAAUUGUUGGAGAGACUGGCAGACCUGGACCACCCGGCCAUCCUGGACCGAUGGGUCGCAAGGGAUUCAAAGGUGCGACUGGCCAAGGCGGACCAGAUGGACCACGCGGCUAUACUGGUGCUAUGGGCAAACAAGGCAAGAAGGGGGAACCUGGCUUCAAGGGUCAACAAGGCGAAGCAGGCUUAACGGGGGUACCCGGCCCAAAGGGAGUUAGAGGUGAACACGGCCCUCCAGGAGAGCACGGUGCAAAAGGAGAUAAUGGCUUGUAUGGCAAACAAGGAGAGAGAGGAGACGAUGGCUUGAAGGGAUUUCGUGGAGAUCCUGGCCCAGCAGGUGCAACAGGACUAGAUGGUCCGAAAGGCCCGGCCGGAAUUGAAGGCGAUGACGGUGCCCAAGGAGAAAAGGGUAAACCAGGCCGUCGUGGCAAAGCUGGCUUGCGAGGAAAAGACGGUGUCAAGGGUCUGAUCGGUGAGCCCGGAGAUUCUGGCUUGGAUGGUCCUGUUGGUCCACGGGGUCAUCGUGGACGGCAAGGUCAUCAAGGUGUCCCUGGUGUACAUGGUAUACUGGGUGGCCGAGGUGAGGCCGGUGUGAAAGGUGAACGUGGCCCGCAGGGAAGAAAGGGCGACAGGGGCUGGUCUGGUGGUGAUGGUGAAGAUGGAAUACAGGGCCCACCUGGAGAAAAAGGAGAUGCUGGUAUUCAUGGCCGCAAUGGAAACAAGGGAGUACCAGGUGAAGAUGGUCACAUAGGACCUCAAGGAGAUCAGGGUGAGAAAGGAGAGGCUGGUCCUCCUGGAUUUGACGGUCUGCCUGGCUUCAAGGGCCAGCCUGGCAAGCCUGGUGUCGACGGCAGGAUAGGAGCAGCGGGAGAGGACGGCCCGCCCGGAAUCAAAGGUCUUCCAGGAGGGGAAGGUCCUCUCGGUCCACCGGGUUCAAUAGGCCUUCGCGGUGGACAAGGUAAUCCGGGAAUACAAGGCGCAAAGGGAGAACCAGGUCCAUUGGGACGCCAAGGAGACCCGGGUGUAGCUGGACCAAAGGGAGGCAAAGGUGAUGCUGGUGUACGCGGAUCAGAAGGUGUGCAGGGUCCCGAAGGCCGUCAGGGACUACCAGGCGUACAAGGAAAGCGUGGCAUCGAUGGUGAAAAGGGUCUUCCAGGUCCACCAGGUCCCUCUGGCAGAGAGGGUGAGAGAGGACCGAAGGGAGCGGCUGGCGAGUAUGGCUUUCCCGGAGUGAUGGGUCAUCCGGGUCUGCCGGGCCACAUGGGAUUCCCUGGAGAACAAGGCCCACCGGGAUCGAGGGGACCGAAAGGACUACCCGGUGACAAUGGCCGGCCUGGAAGUCCGGGUCAUAUCGGACUGCCAGGUAACGCAGGACCUCUUGGAGAUCUUGGCUUGAAGGGAUUUGAAGGUGAUGCUGGAGAGAAAGGACCACCAGGUGCGAAAGGUGAUGUGGGUACUCCUGGUGAUGCAGGUGCCCGAGGAGCGUCUGGACUAAAGGGCUUGCCGGGUAUACGGGGACCACAAGGUGAUGUCGGUGAAGUGGGACCUAAAGGAGACCGGGGUUCUCUUGGACAAAAGGGAAUCGAUGGACCCAGGGGACCAACCGGAGCCAAGGGCCCACAAGGAGAGAAAGGCGAGAUCGGACCGCUGGGUUCUACAGGAGGAAGUGGUCGACGUGGUGUGCAGGGCGUGGAAGGCGGGCGUGGUGAGAAAGGCGACCCUGGUGAACAAGGCGAACUUGGACGACCUGGAGAACAAGGACCCGAUGGACGCAAGGGACUAGUUGGUGAUCUGGGACCAGAUGGCGAACCAGGAGGCAAAGGAUUUGCUGGUAUCAAAGGACGCAAAGGUGAAACUGGCGACGCCGGAGUGCGAGGUCCCGACGGAGGACCUGGUAUAAAGGGAGAAGGAGGACCGAUUGGCUUUCGAGGUUUGCAAGGAGAUCAUGGCAUUGGUGGCAUGCAAGGUGCGGAAGGUCCACCCGGUCCCGAGGGCAAAGCUGGGCUCAAUGGCAAGCCCGGCCCACGAGGACAGAAAGGAGAAGAGAACGUACAAGGCGAGAUCGGCCCUUUCGGACACAAGGGUGAACGCGGCGAAACGGGCGACCAAGGUUCUAAAGGUGGCCGAGGCAUGCGAGGAGGAUUAGGAAACAAGGGGCAGCCUGGUGGUGUUGGCCCACGCGGUCCGAAAGGAUAUCCUCAGCCGACGGGACUGCCAGGCGAUCCUGGCCUGAAAGGCGACAAAGGCGAAAGCGGCGUUCGAGGCAGAGAUGGCCCACGUGGUCUAAUGGGACCGCCUGGAACAGAUGGUGUUGAGGGACAAUCUGGAAUAAAAGGAGCUCCCGGAUCACCUGGACUUCCUGGAGAACAGGGAUUCCCAGGACCACUUGGUGAUCCAGGUGCAGCUGGCAGACCAGGAAAUGAUGGUCCAGUCGGUCAACCCGGUCGCCCUGGCGGACCCGGACCUAAUGGAUAUCCAGGUGGCGUCGGUCCCCAAGGCCUACUGGGGCCUAUCGGUCCUUCUGGCAAGAAGGGCCUGCGUGGCUUUCCAGGUGAUCCAGGAGAUGUGGGUUCACGCGGCAGAACAGGUGAAGCAGGCCAUGCGGGACGGCAAGGAGAUCAAGGUGCACCGGGAAAUGUAGUGUUUAGAAUCAAGUGCAGACAGCUACCAUCGACCAGUCAAGGUGACAUCCCUUAUCGCAGUGAACAGCAUCAACAGUUCACUGUGCUUGGUGAGACUGCGGUGGGUGUUCAAGAGCAAGCUAGUGCACUGCGGACCCCGGGCACCGGCACUCAGCUGAGACCGGCUGUGACAUGCCGUGAACUGCUGGAUAGCCACAGUGGCGCUUCCACUAUGAACAAUGGCCGCUACUUCAUCGACCCUAACGGAGGAAUGGGCACCGACGCAUUUGAAGUAUUCUGUAACUUCACGUCGGGCGGCCAGUCUUGUAUUGAGCCGAGGCAACAGACAAUACUGUAUCGGCCAUCGCUGAGCGGUGGUAACCUCAGUACCAGCCAACCAUCUCUACUUUCUCAAACACCAUUUGGUCAUGAGAUUGAGUAUCACUCACGCCAAUCACAGCUGAAUGCCCUGCAAGUGCACAGUGUAGCUGUUACACAGAAUGUUGAGAUCCGAUGUCCGGCCAGCUCUGUCAUGUCAACGUUCAACUGGCGCUGGAAUGUUCACCUAAUGUCCGGUGCACACCAGAGCAGCACGGUGUCUCUUGGAGCAAAUGAAUGCAUGAAUUCAGAUGACUACUACUCGACAACAUUGACAAGCAGUGCGGGUUCGGGACAGUUGCCGGUUCUAGAUCUCUCCGCAACUGGAGCCAGUGGUGGGUCAUCGGUGGACAGCCUGCACUUGCGUCUUGGCUCAGUCUGUUUCAUCUGAGCGGCGUGUCAUCAUUAGCAGCAGCAGCAGCAGCAACAGUGGUGUGCUGCUGACUGCAAUCAUUCACUUGCGUAGCACGUCAUUGACUUCUUCUGGCUUUGCUGCUGGUGACUGGUUUCCCUGCUCUUGAUCUCUCCCCUGCUGCUGCUGUGCUGUGGCCAACUUGCUCAGUGCACCUUGUGUGCUGACAGUAGCAGCAGCAGGGGAGGUGCAGCGUUCUAAUGGUCAAGGCGAGUCUCCUGAAACCUAGCCGGCCAGAUGUGCCAUUUUCCCGGACUAUCAACAGAUUCCAACUGCUACCUUUUGAGGACUUUUUCCCCAUAAAAUUCAAGUGCUGUUGCGGACCAACCAGCCCGCUGCUACUGCUCCCAGCUGCUGCCAGGACUACUAGUAUGUACUAGUAUGUGUGUUCAGUAUAGUUACUAGGAAUAUUUGUGAUCCUGGCGGUCACUGGACUGCAUGUAGCCUUGACAUGCUGCUCUCAACUACCAGCUAUUUAUAGGACAAAAAAAGAAGACAGGUGAGUAAGUGAGAGGGUGCCCUGUAGCCCAUUCUGCCCACAUGCAGUCCAUCUUGACACUGCAGAGAUGGGUGCCCUGUAGCCCAUUCCGCCAACAUGCAGUCCAUCUUGACACUGCAGAGAUUGGAACUGCUAUGCGCACUGUACACUGUAGUGCUGGACGCCAAAGAUAAUAUUGUGUGUGUGUGUGUGUGUGUGUGUGUGUGUGUGUGUGUGUGUGUGUGUGUGUGUGUGUGUGUGUGUGUUUGUGAGUGAUGUAUGUCAUGAGCUACUUGAUUUCAGCCUUCCCGCACUCUCUGAUCACCAUUACCACGCUAUAAUGGUUGUGCCGCUUGUGCAACCCAUCUAUAACUAACACCCCCUUGCUUGUUCUGGAAGGCCACCGCGCGCUGGGUGCUUGAGAACAGAAACGGUAAUAUAGAAUUUCAACAAAACAAUUUGCAGUUUCACUUGCCAUCGGU